AACCAGACAAUGAUGUCAUCAACAAACUAAACUAAACUCAAACCCUUUGGUCGGUCCAAAGACUAAUAAACCUGUCGUAAUUUUUUUUUUCUUUUUCUAAUAACCGCUUGCUUUUAACCGGGUUUGGGCUCUCCGGCGACGGCGAAAACCUGCAUCUCAUUAGAAACCGGAGAACUUGAUAGCUGAGAGAGACAAGAAGUAACGAGGGUGAUUGAAGAUCUGAAGGAGUCAGAUGGGAAGCAGCAACAAAAGCGGAGAACAAAAAAAGCAAAUGGCUGAACUGAGCAAAAACCUUAAAGAAGGUGAGAGGAUUGUGGAACCUUCACGAAGACCUGAUGGUACUCUCCGCAAACCCAUCCGGAUUCGUGCCGGAUAUGUUCCACAAGAUGAAGUUGUUAUUUAUCAGUCUAAAGGUUCUUUGAUGAAGAAGGAGCUGGCCUCACAAGGACCUCCAGGUUAUGAACCGGAUCCAACUCCUAAACCAAAGACCAAAGCUGCUAAGAAGAACGAACGUAAGAAAGAGAAGAGAUUACAGGCUGCUUUGCAAAAAGGUACCAGCUCUGAGGAUGGAUCAGCUAGUAGUAAUGUAGACAAAGAAGAAGCUGUUCCUGUUGUGACUCCAAGCAAUGGUUCCCAAUCUGUUAAUGUAUUGGUUUCUGGUCUGAAUGCUUUAGACGUUUCUUCAAAUAAGGAUGUAGCGUCUUCAGACCUGGGAGAAGCACCCAAUCCAGGAACUACAAGAGAAGAGACUGAGAAAAGAAUACGUGCACUUAAGAAGAAAAUCCGACUCACAGAAGCUCAGCAGCAGAAGACUGCCCCCAAAGACCUAAAGCCGGAGCAAUUGGAGAAAUUCUCUAAGUUGGAGGAAUGGAGGCUAGAACUCAAGGCUUUGGAGGAUAAGGAGGCUUAGCUUUCUGCAUCGUCGACAUGAAUUGUCUAGCUUUCAGACAGGUUGUAGCUUUUCUCAUGAAUGAACAGAAGGGUGUUCUUAGUGGAGCUUUUAUCAGAAAUCGGGUUAAACCAACUUGGCGCAUUGCCUAAAUUCUGAAAAU